UUUUUCGUUUAUAUCCUGAAUCGGGUCGAAUAUUGUGACUUGGUGCGGGUUGUACCUAGGCUUGCCCAGCUAGCUUUCUCAGGUUCGUUGCCCUCAUGAAUCAUCUUCCUCUCACAACAACGCAAACAAACAUAACCUUCUCUUCUCUUCUUCAGUCAGUCAGUGUCAUCCAUGGCGUCUUCUCUGUCUUCUAUAUUCUCCUCCUCCAUACUCAGCAGCACCAGCCAACCUCACAGAGCGCUUUUCAUCAAAUUCCCGAGACUUGUCUCCCUUGAAAAAGCCCAGCACCAAUCAAGGUCGUCCUUUCGCUACCACCUCACAUCACGACCCAACCUCAACACCACCUUCUCUCUCAAUUUCUCCAGAAGAAGCUUCUCUCAAUCCAACCUCUCUCCCUCCAACUCCGACAAGACUCAAAUUCCUACCCUCCACCACUUCAUUCCCCAAGCGCAAACCCUCUCCGACUACCCUACACCAGCUUCUGAAACUCUUCCUGGGGGCCGCAUAUAUCAUGAAACUUACGGAUGCCAAAUGAAUAUCAAUGACAUGGAGAUUGUCUUAUCUAUUAUGAAGAAAGCUGGAUAUAGUGAGAUCGUGGAGGUUCCAGAGAGUGCGGAGAUAAUUUUUAUCAAUACUUGUGCUAUCAGGGACAAUGCAGAACAAAAGGUGUGGCAGAGGCUUAAUUAUUUUUGGUUUCUAAAGAGGCACUGGAAAAGCAAUGUAUCUAUUGGGAGGUCACAGUCUCUGCAUCCUCCAAAAGUAGUGGUGUUGGGGUGCAUGGCUGAGAGAUUAAAGGAUAAGAUCUUAGAUUCAGACAAGAUGGUUGAUGUGGUCUGUGGUCCUGAUGCUUACCGAGACUUGCCACGACUUUUAGAAGAGGUAGACUAUGGUCAAAAGGGGAUCAACACUCUACUUUCACUUGAAGAAACUUAUGCUGAUAUCAGUCCUGUGCGCAUCUCGAAAAAUUCGAUUGCUGCAUUUGUCUCCGUGAUGAGGGGGUGUAAUAACAUGUGUUCAUUUUGUAUUGUUCCUUUCACUAGAGGGAGGGAGCGAUCGCGUCCUGUUGAAUCAAUUGUGAAAGAGGUGGCAGAGCUUUGGAAAGAAGGUGUGAAAGAGGUAACACUUCUUGGCCAGAAUGUAAAUAGUUAUAAUGAUGCAUCUGGCACUGAGAAAGACAUUGAAUCAGGAGCUGAUUGGAAGUUCAGCGAAGGUUUUUCAAGCACGUGCAAGGUGAAAAAAAUGGGUUUACGCUUUUCUGAUCUCUUAGAUCAACUUGCAACAGAGUUUCCAGAGAUGCGGUUCAGAUACACAUCUCCACACCCUAAAGAUUUCCCAGAUGAAUUACUGUAUGUAAUGCGAGACAGAUAUAAUAUCUGUAAAAGUAUUCAUUUGCCCGCACAAACAGGGAAUAGUAGAAUACUUGAAAGAAUGCGUCGGGGAUAUACUCGAGAGGCAUACUUAGAUCUUGUGCAAAAGAUUCGCAGAAUUAUCCCAGAUGUUGGGAUAACCAGUGACUUCAUAUGUGGCUUCUGUGGUGAAACAGAGGAGGAACACCAAGACACACUAAGCCUUAUAAAGACUGUUGGUUAUGACAUGGCAUACAUGUUUGCAUAUAGCAUGAGGGAGAAAACCCAUGCCCAUAGGAAUUAUGUCGAUGAUGUUCCUGAUGCUGUCAAGCAGAGGAGGCUGACGGAACUCAUCGAGGCUUUCCGCGAGAGCACAGGUCAGUGCUAUGACUCCCAAAUUGGUACUGUCCAAUUGGUGUUAGUUGAAGGACCCAAUAAGAGAGCUCCUGAGACAGAGCUCAUUGGCAAGAGCGACAGAGGCCAUAGGGUGUAUUUUACUAAUCUGCCAGUCCCAGAUCGGGAGGUUUAUGAUGGGAAUCGGAAUCCAAGGGUUGGAGACUAUGUAGAAGUUCGGAUAUCAAAAUCGACAAGAGCAUCACUAUUUGGAGAAGCUCUUGCUAUAACAAAGUUAAGCUCAUUUUACAGUAGUGUGCAUGAUGAAGCUGUUGUUGCCUGUGUGAACAGAAACUGAGUUGCUUUUAAAGCUACUUAUCUAUGCUGAUUGUUUUUAGUAGCCUAUAAUGGCUGCCCUACAAUGGGCUCAUGAUCAUAAUUUUUACAUGUUAAUGUUCUCAUCACCAAAAUUCAAAAUUCAUUGUCAUUGAGCAAUUGAAUGGCUCUAGAGAUAUUGAGAAGCAGGGAUAUGAUUUUUGCUUA